AAAAUAAAGGAAAGGGUGUGACAGUGCAGAGGGAGAGAGAGAGAGAAAGAGUGGCCACGCAGCAUACGCGGAGAGGAAGAGAGAGAAAAAGAAAGGAACCCAUACUCUCCCAAAACCAAAAGCAGGACACAACAUAACCCAUUUCGAUCCCUCUCUUCUUUGAUCUCUUUCACCCCUUUCGCUUUUCAACACUUACACAAAGAGAAACAGUGUGCGUGAGAGAGUCUUUUUGAGUUUGCGUGUGUUGUGUGGGCACUUAUGGCAGCACCACCUGCGAGGGCACGUGCCGAUUACGAUUAUCUCAUCAAGCUUCUUCUUAUUGGCGACAGUGGAGUGGGGAAGAGUUGUCUGCUUUUGCGAUUUUCUGAUGGUUCCUUCACGACCAGUUUUAUCACCACCAUUGGCAUUGAUUUUAAGAUAAGAACCAUCGAACUUGAUGGCAAACGCAUUAAGUUACAAAUAUGGGAUACGGCAGGUCAGGAGCGAUUUCGAACCAUUACCACAGCUUAUUACCGUGGAGCCAUGGGCAUCUUGCUCGUUUAUGAUGUUACUGAUGAAGCAUCUUUUAAUAAUAUUAGGAAUUGGAUUCGCAACAUUGAACAACAUGCUUCUGACAAUGUAAACAAGAUACUUGUGGGUAACAAGGCUGAUAUGGAUGAAAGUAAAAGGGCUGUGCCUACCUCCAAAGGUCAAGCUCUUGCUGAUGAGUAUGGUAUCAAGUUUUUUGAAACCAGUGCAAAGACAAACAUGAAUGUGGAGGAGGUUUUCUUUUCAAUAGCAAGAGAUAUCAAGCAAAGGCUUGCUGACACAGACUCUAAGGCUGAGCCCCAAACUAUCAAGAUUAACCAACCAGACCAGGCAGGCAAUGGGGGUCUAGCUGGUCAGAAAUCAGCCUGCUGUGGUGGUGGUUCAUGAAAAGAAUCAGAAACUGCAGUCAGACGUUGCAGAUUCAACACUUACCCUCAUAUGGGUGCUAUAGUUAUUUUGAUGACAUUAGAAGUGGGAACAUGUAUUUGUCCUUGUAUUUCCCAACUGCAAAGAUUAUGUUUUGAAGAUAGUAUUUUAAGUGUUUUGCCACUUAGUUGUUGGAUUUGUUGUGAUUAGUUCAUUUGCUUCACUCUCCUUUUUCAUUUGUAAUCAAUCUGACUCUUCAAAAACGAAAAGAAAAAAAAAACCCUUAUUUGAUUAGAUUCAGAUUGAUUUCUAGAAAAAACUUCUAUCUAUUGCAAAGUGUAUUCUUAAACGUUCCUGUUUUAUGCUUGGGUCAGGAAUCUUAG